CAGGACUCCCAGAGUGAAAGAGUGUGUGGAAAAACGAAAAUUCGACAAAUCCGACACGCAAUGAGGAAAAGUUACUGUCACCUGAGCUACAGUGAAAUUGGAAAAACAAAAAGGACACCAGGUCCAAGGUGCAUCAGUUUGCGACAAGCCAAUCCGAUCCGGCUCUAAAUUCGCGGCCAGGUCAUCGAUUCAGUACAGCCAGUCUGCCAUCUCUCUCAAUGCCUGUUCAAAUAGAAAAGAUAUUGCAUUAGAAAAGCCCUAGAAGUACCAGGACAUGGCACCCUUCAAGCUCAAGUUCCGCAUGGGGAGCUCGAGGAGCACGUCGCAGGAGCAACACGAUCCGGAUCCGCAGGUGAACGAGGCCCUGCUGGGCGCCCAGCAGCACCAGAGCCACCACCAUCACCAGCAGCAGCACCACCAUCAGGAGACGGUGGAGGCCAGCAGCAGCUCCAGCCUCGACCUGGCGGAUUGCAGCAGCCUCGGCCAGAUGAGCAGCGAGCGCAAGCUGCUCCUGCCCCCCACCAGUGGCGGCAGCGGCACUGGCAUGCGAUUGGGAUAUUUGAAUCAGAGUCGCACUCCGUGCAUCAACGAAUCCCUCACGGAUACGGAUGCCGACAACGUGCCCACCACCCCACCGCCUUCCUAUGAGCAUGUUCUAGAAGAGAACACCCGGCUGUCCCAGCAUCAGCGUCAAUUGUCCCUGGACAGCGCCACUCCCAACCAGAACAGCCGGCGCAGCUCCGCCAAUAGUUCCCGGCACAGUGCCGCCCAGCUAAGCGCCGCCUUGGAACAGCUGACAGGAGGCGGCAGCGACAGCAACAGCAUCUGCAACGAUCCCGACUGUGUCCAGAAUCUGAACCAGAACUACACCAGCUGCAACAUCCACAACGGCAACACCAACAGCGGUAACGGCAACGGUAGCCACCAUAGCGGCAGCAACAACAACAACGACGGGGAACAGAUCAUCGAAGGAGUCACUGAGCUGGAGCUGCGAAGCGACAUCGAGGAGGAGGAGCAGCUGAGCAUCAACGAGUUCCUGCUGGAGUCGGAGAUGGCUGCGUCGCCGUCGCGGGGUCGGAUGUCCGGCAACCGGGGAGAGUGCUCGGACGAUCAGUGUGUGCAGUGCUCGGAGGGCGAGAGCCACUUCGAUGGAGAUGGGGCAAGUACCAGUAGCCAGGCGGCGGCAGCAGCAGCAGCGGGCGGGCACAGCUUUUACGAUCCGCUCCUGAACCGAGGCAGCUACUGCAAUUACAAUGAGGGAGGAAACGCCAGUUCAGGAUCGGGCUCUGGCAACAAUCAAGUCUGCCAGGAGGCCUGCUGCAGCGGAUCGAGUUCAUCUCGUGGUGAUCGCCGGCAAGGACAGCAGCCCAACUGCCACACCAGCCUCCUGACACCGGAAAUGAUGAGCAACAAGACCAGCAAGGAGAUCUACAAGGACCUGGCCAAGCAGUGGGGCAUCACCUGCAAGAUGUCGGAGAGCUGUCGCUGCAUGGAGUGUCAGAGCCACUACUUUGACUGCGACUACGAUGAUAACGAGCAUCAGAAGACGGAUGGUGGACUGGGCGCUGGAACGCCCAUGUUCAUCAGCGAGGUGAUGCACGGAUCCGGAUGCAACAUAUUGUAGAGAAAUUUAGGAUCUCGAAUCAAGGACUCCCAUUGGGACUCGCGGGCUUAGGAUUUGCUGAACUACCACAGUUAUUUAGUUACCUUUUAGUAAUCGUAUGCGUGUGUCUGAGCGAGGGAGGUACAUAUGUAGGACGAACAAAUCGCGUAAUUAGCACUGAAUGUUUGCACAUUAUUCUAAGGUAAUGCUGCACUGAUAUUAUGUUAUCGUACCACAUAGAGAAUCGGGAAGGCCAGCCGCAGUAGAGGCUUUAAAAGUAGUGGGGAAGGACAAAGAACGAAUCGGUAUAUACACACGAGUAUAUAUAUUUUUGUGUUACCCGUUUAGGUCUUAUCGGAAUCGAAGUCUCGAGCCUCGAACUUGACGAAUGAAUUAUAAAAUUAAUAUGAUAAGUAAUUACCCACCUUGCAGAUGAACAUCUAAAUAUCCUUGAGUGUGUUCUUUUUCGAAGGUCUUUUGGAACAUCAUCAUUGUUUUCUCCCAAUCUUUCCAAACUUUUACAAACCGUUUUCUAAGCUUAAUCAUAAGAACCCUUCAGGAUGCAAGAUGAGAGGCAUUCCCGUGCCCUUUUUGGAAAACACGGUCGGAACUACCACGCUUUGGUGGGGUUCUGGGCGGAACUACAACAUUUCAAGUCAAUGUAAUCCCCAUUAAAAUAUAAAUAGUUUAAGCUAGUUGUGCACUUUUGUGCUACAGCACUCGGAGAACCCAAAAAUAACGAAGUGAACUUCAUCGAAAUGCCGGUACGCAUCUUAGUUAUUUUUUUAGGAAACUACUUGAAAACAAUGAAAUAGGCAAACCCUAGUCUGAACGUUUAUCUAAUCCUGAUUUAGAAUCGUUGAAUGUUGAAAACUUGCUUUGUGUGUACGCUAUAAAAUAUAUAUAUAUAUAUUAUAUACUUUCCCCCAGAGAUAUAUGCUGGUUUCACUCGACAAAUCGCACUCAAAACGAAGAACACGGCUACAAAUAUUGAGAAAAACAAAUAUAGUAAAGCAAAAAAUGACUAAGUCUGUUAGCUGUUAGAUGGUAUUAGGAAUUCAUUGCGAAAACAAACGACAAGCGUUUAAGAAACCCAAAUAAAUAUUCAAGAAAAACGGCAAGUUCACACAUAGCUCUGUAAGAUGAAAGUCAAAACUCGCAACAGAAUAGAAAUUAAUUUCGAAAAGGAUCGUAGGAAUUGUAAGGAUUGUAUUUGGGGUUCUGAAAGUCAUUAAAGAUGGUUGGACUCCUGUGCUUCAGAACCCAUUUAGGCCAGAGCAUACAAAAAUAUAUAAAAGUACGAUUACGUAUGUAAAUCAAAA